GCAGAGGAGCAGCAGCAGCAGCCGCCGCCGUAAACACGAGCUGCUGUGCCUUUAAGAUUUUAUAGGUAUCGAAACUGAAAAAAAGAAGAAGGAAAAAAAAAACCACACACACACGCACACACGCAAGCCUUCGCGGUGUCAAUGUUCGGGAGAUGAAGCUGUUCGACAUGGUGGUGUUUAAACUCCUGGUGCUGUGUUACUGCCUGAGUGUCUCUAUAGGUCAAUAUGAGAAUCGCCUACACAAGUACAUUCGGCACUACGAGGGUUUGUCCUACGACACAAACGACCUUCACAGCAAACAUCAGAGGGCUAAAAGAGCUCUGUCUCACGAGGACAAGUUCGUCCAUCUGGAGUUCCACGCCCAUGGCAGACACUUUAACCUGCGGAUGAAGAGAGACACGAGUUUGUUUUCCCCAGACCUGAAGGUGGAGAUCUCUGGAAAGGAGACACCAGUUGACACCUCGCAUAUUUACAGCGGCGAGCUCUAUGGAGAGCAAGGCACUCUGACUCAUGGUUCUAUUGUUGAUGGGAAGUUUGAAGGCUUCAUCCAGAGUCAUUCGGGAACGUAUUACGUUGAACCGGCUGAACGAUACCUGAGACAGCGGGACGUACCCUAUCACUCUGUCAUCUACCAUGAGGACGACGUCGAUUACCCCCACAAAUACGGCCGAGAGGGAGGCUGUGCAGACCACUCCGUCUUCGAGAGGAUGAAGAAAUACCAGGCAUCUGCUGUGGAGACUCCUACUGAGAAAAAGAGCAGUCAGCAUACAGAGCACGAGGAGGAGCGGAUGGACGGGCCAGUGAUCCUGAGGAAGCGCCGAGCCGCUCAGGCUGCGAAAGACACCUGCCAGCUCUUCAUCCAAACAGAUCAUCUCUUCUUCAAAUACUACCGGACUAGAGAGGCAGUCAUAGCUCAGAUCUCCAGUCACGUCAUGGCCAUCGACUCAAUCUAUAAGAAAACAGACUUCCAGGGCAUCUCCAACAUCAGCUUCAUGGUCAAGAGGAUACGGAUUAACACCACAAGUGACGAGCUGGAGACAACAAACCCGUUCCGGUUCCCCAACAUCGGUGUAGAGAAGUUUCUGGAGCUGAAUUCAGAGCAGAACCAUGACGAAUACUGCCUGGCUUACGUCUUCACCGACCGAGACUUCGACGACGGAGUUCUGGGAUUAGCCUGGGUUGGAGCUCCUUCAGGAAGCUCUGGUGGGAUUUGUGAGAAGAGUAAGCUCUACUCCGAUGGCAAGAGGAAAUCCCUCAACACCGGCAUCAUCACUGUACAGAACUACGGCAGCCAUGUUCCUCCUAAAGUGUCCCACAUCACCUUCGCCCAUGAGGUCGGACAUAACUUCGGCUCGCCUCAUGACUCCGGCAGUGAGUGUACUCCUGGAGAGUCAAAGAGCUCUGACAUGAAGGAAAAUGGUAACUACAUCAUGUAUGCCAGAGCCACUUCCGGAGACAAGCUAAACAACAACAAGUUCUCCAUCUGCAGCAUCCGCAACAUCAGCCAGGUGUUGGAUAAAAAGAGAGGCCAGUGUUUUGUUGAGUCUGGGCAGCCCAUCUGUGGGAACGGAUUAGUGGAAGGUGACGAAGAGUGUGACUGUGGAUACAAUGAUCAGUGUAAAGACAUUUGCUGUUACAGUGCCACUGAGCCAAAUGGCCAGAGGUGCAAACUGAAGCCUGGUGCCAAGUGCAGUCCCAGUCAGGGUCCAUGCUGUACAAGUAGCUGUGCGUUUAAGGGUCGGGAUGAGAUGUGUAGGGAUGUGUCUGAGUGCGCUCUUCAGAGCAUGUGCAGUGGUUCCAAUGCAUCAUGUCCCACUUCUACACCAAAGGAAAAUUUAACAGCAUGCAAUGGAGAUACACAAGUCUGCAUCAAUGGGGCCUGCACAGGCUCCAUAUGUGCGCGUUUCAAGCUGGAAAUAUGCACAUGUGCAAGUCAAGAUGGGAAGGAUGAGACAGAGUUGUGCCAUGUUUGCUGCAUGCAUAAGAAUGAUCCCAGCACAUGCAGGAGUACAGCCUCUGCUGAAUGGGAAAAACACUUCCAACGGAAGGUUCGCACCCUGCAGCCCGGAUCUCCCUGUAAUGACUUUAAAGGCUACUGUGAUGUAUUUAUGAAGUGCAGGCUGGUGGAUGCUGAUGGGCCACUGGCCAGACUCAAAAAGGCUAUCUUUAACCCUCAGCUUUAUGAGACCAUUGCUGAGUGGAUAGUGGUUUACUGGUGGGCUGUGCUGUUGAUGGGUAUUGCUCUUAUUUUGUUGAUGGCUGGAUUCAUUAAGAUCUGCAGUGUUCACACUCCAAGCAGCAACCCCAAACUACCCCCACCAAAACCAUUGCCAGGUACACUGAAGAGGAGAAGAGCUCAGGGUCAGAGUUCUCAGCCUGUGCACCAUCGCCAGCCCAGAGAUAUAUAUCAGAUGGGACAGAUGCGCCGCUAAGCUCCGCAGUCUGCCUUGGUUCUUCCUAGUGCCUACAACAGGAAACACUUUACUCCAAAGAGUUACUGAACCAAUCAAUUAACCCCAUUCACAGGCUUAAAGAACUGGUGAAAGGAAACACAUCUCCCACAAGAAACUUCGAAGAAACUACUCUGUAUCACUGUUAUGUGUUCUUAUGGGGAUAUGAUCUUUUUUUAGUUUGUUUGAAUCACUCUCCAGGCAGAGUGCUUCACGUUUUUUGUAUCACUCGACGUUCAAUUCUCUUUUUUUCCUCCACCUGAUUUUUUCCCAAAUACUGCCAUGCCAUCUUGAUGAUAUGAUAUGAUGGGAAUGUGCAGAGGUUCUGUGUUCCAGCAAGCCAAAGCUGGGGAAGCAAGAGCUCCGUCUGCAUAGACUCGUUUGCCAGAGUAAUUAAAACUAUCCCCAGUUAAAAAGUGGAAGUAUACAAAAUGCAAGCUUUUAAAAAAAAAAUUUAAACAUUCUUUCUUUUUCUCUUUUUUCACUUGUACAGUUUUUCACAAAAUGUUCCCCCCCAGUGCAACUUAUGAUUGCGUUUUUUUUCUGAUAAAUACAACUUAAUUACUUUUUUUGACUGACACUCAGGACAAAUUAAAAAGCCUAGAGCGUUGUGAGUCUGAGGGGUGAAUGAAAAGCACCUAAUGGUGAUUUUUUUUUCCCAGCUGCACGUCCCUCUUUUAUUGUAUAACCAAGACUGAGUAUUGUUCUUGUUGUAUGUAAGAUCCAUUCUGAUCUCAUGCAUUGCUUGCAUUUGAAGAGUUGCAUAGUUUAGCCUGAGUGAAAGUUCAAAAUCCUGAGAAUGGGAGCAAGAGAGAAAAUUUGACUUGUUGAUUGUGUGAGCUUUUGGUGAAUGGCCUUAUUUCACAUACAUUUAGCUGUGAAAGAUUGUGAGAAGUGUGCUGUUUGUUUAAAUGUUUUCUCUUUCUCCCAUGUUCUGUUUGGAGGGUUGAGCUCAUGUCAGCUAUAGGAUUCACCACUAUUCGAAAUGUUGUACACCUGACUCAGAAUUUUCUGUGGCAUAAUUACGGUCAAAGCCCUUAUUGCCAUGGGAACAGCUGCUAACAGAUGCUGUUGGGAGAAUUUUGGACUUCAAGAAACAUUAAAGGAAAAAUAGGAUGGCUUUUGAGUUCAUGUUGUGGUUUCUACAUGACCACUUUCCAUAUCAGAGCAAAGAAAGUUCAUUCAGGAAAUAAACCAAGUAGAAUCCGUAACCUUACUGUUAGUGGAACUGUAUUUAAAGGGUGGUUUGGUAAGUUUCCUACUAUUUAUACAAAAGUCGUUAAUAAAAUAAUAAUAUCCUUAAGCUCUGUUCCAUAACCACAGCAUUCUGGUGGUCGAUUUUUGCUAGCCAAAUAUACAUUUCUUUGUGGUGGAAAAGUGUGACAUUUCGAGAUUAAGGAUGGACUUGGAAACCACCAACACCUUGUUGGAGUAGAAGGGCUAUAACUACUUUUGAUUUUCUUAUUCUGUUCCACCCAUGUUAUACAUGAUGAGCAAAACCCAUAAGAAUUUCUUUCUUCAGCACAUGCAGUCCAACCCUUAUUCUAAUCUGUAAACACUUUCUGCUCUACCUGAGCCUCCUACAGGGUCGUAUAUGUACAUAUCUCCUGCAUUGAUUUGCUGAGGCACUUCAAAAGAAAAUGUUAUAUUCUAUCUAUAAUAAAAGAUACAAAAAAAGUACAAAUUUCCAACAAAAUGCAAGAUAUUUAAAUAAAAUUUGUUUUUUUUUUGUUGGACUUUCUGUUGGUCCAUGUAAUACAUUUAUCAGUUAUAUUUAAAGUUUUUCAGGUGCGCUCUGUAUCAGCAGAGUCCUCACUCACAGAUCCUGUGCACUCCAAGGUCCUCCCUCCGGGCAUGUUUAUUAGUGGGCAGGUCAUAUCAUGUCCUUUUUUAGGAAACUGAAGUAUGCCGUUAUUCUGCUUGCCCCUAUUCUAUGAGUAUGCCCUUAUUCCAUGUUGCCAAAUUGUGGUUGGUGGUGGCGUUUUGCUUUAACUUAGAGAUUCUGAUCUUACUUAAUCGUUCUUAUUCUUCUGUGGUAAUGUGGUGUGGGUGCGGUUUGGGGGGGCUUUUAAUCCAAACAUGUCUUUUAUUUCAGGUCUUGCUUUAAACAUAUAAUAGGAAUGUGCACUGAUAUGGCUGUGAAAUGUGUGGAAUUUGAACGAUAAAGAAAUAUGUCUAAUACUACUGUUUGAUUUUAAUAGCCGCUGUGUUUUAUACAGUACCCUUUCUUUCAUUUUUCUUUUUUCAUGAUACCUAUUUUCAUUUCCUUUCAUUUGUGCUCAGUUUGAAAACUUUUUACCAAAAUUGCAAAAAGUAUUGUGCAAAGUUAUGUAAUUUUUUGAAGUACUUGAAAUGCGAUAAUAAAAAUAGAUUUGGUCAAUUUCUUGAUCCACAGUUGAUUCACAUUAAUAAAAACAGACAUGAAACACA